AUGCUAUUACAAUUUAAAUUUUUUAACCAAUAAAUAAUAUAAUCAUCGAAAAUAUUGAAAGUUGUUUUAAAUAAAUAAAUAUUUAUGAACAAAUAUACUUUCAACUUAGAGAAGCAGUGGAAAGAUUUAUAGCACAAGCAUAGAAAAAAAGAAUAUCUACUAAUCUUUUUCCUAAUACAAUACUUUAUUAAUAAUUUAUAAAAUAUUUUUUAAGCAUAAAUAUAAAAGAUCACCUAUCUAUCUAUGCUGCUCCCUCAUCGUGAUAACCUAAGCAAUAAUAAAAAAUAUAAAAUUAUUAAAUAAGAUAAAAAAUAAAUAAAUAAAUAAAUAAAUAAAUAAGAAUAAAAGGAAAGAAAUAAAUUAAAAAACAAAAUAUUCAUGACAAAAAAAUGA